AUGGAGAAACAGAAAGAAGAGAAGAAGGAUUUCUGUGCGCAAGUUACUAGUGAGCUUAUGCUGAAGGAGAUCCAAAAGGGCUCCAAUGCUGAGAACAUAGUGCUGUCUCUGUUAUCUUACACCGCCGUACUGAACAUGACGGCGGCCGGAGCAGCGGGACCUACUUUAAAACAGAUGCUUGAAUAUCUUGCAGUUGAGAAUAUCGACGAUCUGAAUACCAAGUUCUUAGAUAUGGCGGCUAUAGCGACGAGCAAUAGUGAUGGGGGUCCUGAUGUGUGCUUCCUUAGCGCACUUUGGGUGGAACAACAACUUCGCCUCAAAAAGUCUUACCAACAACUUGUCAAGAAUGUCUACAAGACAAGGGCUAAAAGUGUCGAUUUUAAACGAAAG